AUGUACGGUCGUAGAUCAUUUGAGAAAGGUCUGUUCACUCCCACAGCCCCUUGCUAUUGAUAAAAAGAGGUCUGCACCUUUUCGAACAGACAGAGUUUUGUGGAAAACACACUAAUAGUAACAAAUUCUUCUUUUCUUAAAUUAUUGGUUAUUCAAUAAUACAGCGACACCUGAAACAGCAAUACUUAGAGUAAGGAUCACACUAACACGAACAUGAACAGUCCGCAGGAAUAUCAGACUGAUUUGGAGGUGAUUCUGGAAUUUCUUGAGGAACAUUACAGACAGGAAUCUCGAAGAAAAGCCCUAUGGAACACAAGGGAUCUUUCUGUCAUGCCAACCAGUCAAGAUGUGGACAUAUCUAGAGAGAAGCUACCUGCUGGAGAACAUUCUAACAAUGUGUUAGAAAAAGAAAAGUCCCAGCUGCAGCCUCCUGCACCCGCAGCUCAGCAGGUCAUGGGACCUCUGGCCAAAGCAAACGGAUCGGACUCAUAUACAGACUGUAGAAUGAAUUGCAACAGCACCACUGUCGAUCAGUCAGCGGUCCUUCACAAUGCACCCGACGGGCAAGUGUUAAAUGCCCUAAACGCACCAGAGAGACCUUUAACGCUGAAUACAACACCCGAAAAGUGUGCCGAAUCAUUGCCCAGCAUUACACCAGCAGAGAAAGGGAAAAAGCUACGUCUUUUCCACUUCAUGUUCGAGAUGCUGGAGGACCCAGGCAUGGCCCACUGUGUGUCCUGGGUGCCCGCUUCGGCAGGCGUCUUCCGCUUUUCUGCCAGGCACAAGGAGCGCGUGGCUGAGCUAUGGGGCCAGAGGAAGGGCAACCGGAUGCCCAUGACCUACCAGAAAAUGUCCCGUGCCCUGCGAAAUUACGCCCGCUCGGGGGAGAUCAUUAAAGUGAAAAAGAAACUGACUUAUCAGUUUAGUUUAGCAACCCUCUCUACUUUACAGAGCCAACAUGGUGUAAAGAAAGCAGAAUGUGGAUCGAAAUGAGAGCUGAAUGAUUGUCUCAAGUCUGUUACGGUCAUUAUUUGUUACUCUCAUGAUAUCUUAAUUGCCUUGGUAACAGGAAGAGGGUAAAAUUAGUUUCUAUUUUUCCUGCUCGAUGAAGGUGAUGAACCGUGGUGUUUUGUAUAGCAGAAUAUUACCUAAAUAAUUUACUUUUCGCUGUUCUUUGCAUAUCAUGAGGCAUUUAAAAUAGUAUGUCUUUUAAAAACAUCUUUUAUAAAUAAAUAAAACAAAUU